UGUCCUGAGCGCGGAGAGGGCGAGCUCCGGCCACCGGCAGGGCGGGAGCCAGCAGCCAGCGACCGAGCGAGGCAGAGAGGCACAGAGAUCGCAACAGUAUCCAUUAUAACCAGCCAUCUAACCCCACCCCCCCAACACACACCCAUCCAUCCCACCAGCCCCGAGAGGCAGCCAGCGGCCCGCUUCUCUGCGCCCAAGGAAAAAAACCCCAGCCAUGAGCAAUCAGUACCAGGAGGAGGGCUGCUCCGAGAGGCCCGAGUGCAAAAGUAAAUCUCCAACUUUGCUCUCCUCUUACUGCAUCGACAGCAUCCUGGGCCGGAGGAGCCCGUGCAAAAUGCGGCUGCUGGGAGCCGCGCAGAGCUUGCCUGCCCCGCUGGCCAGCCGCACCGACCAGGAAAAGGCCGUUCAAGGCUCCCCCAAGGGCAGCAGCGCCCCGUUCGAGGCCGAGCUGCACCUGCCGCCCAAGCUGCGGCGCCUGUACGGCCCGGGCGGGGGCCGCCUCCUCCAGGGCGCCGCGGCGGCUGCGGCGGCAGCGGCGGCGGCGGCGGCGGCGGCGGCCACGGCCACGGCCGGUCCGCGGGGGGAGGCCCUUCCGCCGCCGCCGCCGACCGCGCGGCCCGGGGAGCGGCCGGACGGCGCGGGGGCCGCCGUGGCCGCCGCGGCCGCGGCCGCCGCAGCCUGGGACACGCUCAAGAUCAGCCAGGCGCCGCAGGUGAGCAUCAGCCGCAGCAAGUCGUACCGCGAAAACGGGGCGCCCUUCGUGCCGCCACCGCCCGCGCUGGACGAGCUGGGCGGCCCGGGGGGCGCCGCGCACCCGGACGAGCGCCUCGGCGCGGCCGGUGGCCCCGGCGGCGCCCCGGCGGCGAGUAGCGGCACGGGCGCCGAGGACGAGGAGGAGGAGCUGCUGGAGGAUGAAGAGGACGAGGACGAGGAAGAGGAGCUGCUGGAAGACGACGAGGAGGAGCUGCUGGAGGACGACGCCCGCGCGCUGAUCAAGGAACCGCGGCGCUGCGCCGUGGCCGCCACCGGAGCGGUGGCCACCGCCGCUGCCGCCGCGGUGGCCGCUGAGGGCGGGGAGCUGUCGCCCAAGGAGGAGCUGCUGCUGCACCCAGAGGACGCUGAGGGCAAGGACGGCGAGGAUAGCGUGUGCCUGUCUGCGGGCAGCGACUCAGAGGAGGGGCUGCUGAAGCGCAAACAGCGGCGCUACCGCACCACGUUCACCAGUUACCAGCUGGAGGAACUGGAGCGGGCCUUCCAGAAGACGCACUACCCAGACGUCUUCACCAGGGAGGAACUGGCCAUGAGGCUGGACUUGACUGAGGCCCGGGUCCAGGUCUGGUUCCAGAACCGUCGGGCGAAGUGGCGCAAGCGGGAGAAGGCGGGCGCACAGACCCAUCCUCCGGGUCUGCCCUUCCCCGGGCCGCUCUCCGCUACCCACCCGCUCAGCCCCUACCUGGACGCCAGCCCCUUCCCCCCGCACCACCCUGCGCUCGACUCGGCCUGGACGGCCGCCGCCGCCGCCGCUGCCGCUGCCUUCCCGAGCCUACCUCCGCCUCCGGGCUCGGCCAGCCUGCCGCCCAGCGGGGCGCCGCUGGGCCUGAGCACUUUCCUAGGAGCCGCCGUGUUCCGGCACCCGGCCUUUAUCAGCCCUGCGUUCGGCAGGCUCUUUUCCACCAUGGCCCCCCUGACCAGCGCGUCGACUGCGGCCGCGCUGCUGAGACAGCCCACGCCGGCCGUGGAGGGCGCGGUGGCGUCGGGCGCUCUGGCUGACCCGGCCACGGCGGCCGCAGACAGACGCGCCUCUAGCAUAGCCGCGCUGAGGCUCAAGGCCAAGGAGCACGCCGCGCAGCUCACGCAGCUCAACAUCCUGCCGGGCACCAGCACGGGCAAGGAGGUGUGCUAAAGGCUGCCCUCCACCCUCGCGCCCCAGGCGCGAUCCGGAAAGGUCACCUCACUCAGCACCACUUAAGACCAAAUGGAAACAGAGGACCAGCACACUCCCGAGACGGCACUGAGAGAGCGCAGCCGCCUUCGCAGCAGCCUGGACGCGGGCAAGGCAGCCCUCGGCGCUACCGGACGUGGCACCUCCUCGGCUGGCUGUCCACCCGCCCCUGCCCCUGCCCCUGCCCCUGCCUCUGCCCCUGCGCCUGCUUCUGCCAACCUCGCUCCAACUCGAACGUCCACUCUCUCCCGUUCUUUUACUGAAAAUAUCCGGGAGGUUUUUCUCCCUAAGACACCUGGUAUUGAAGUUAAAAAAUUUAAAAGCCCAACCUCUCUUCCUCCUGACACCCUACUUAGCUUUUUUUUUAAAUUUUCCUAAUAGCAUUUUGGCGCUCUAAGUUUAUCUCCCCAGCGUGGGCCCCGGCUCCGGGCCGGGGAAGCGAAUGCGAAUCUGUAAGAUAGCUAACAGUGCACUUAACGGAAAGGGGCGUCUUGUUCUUGUUCUCUUCUUUAUCAUACACCAACCAAGGUUUUUAUAUCAAACCAAAGGGAAAUACUCUGCUAGAAUAUGGACUGUUGAAGUCACCAAACUGUGAUUAUUGAUUCUGUACAUACCAUUGUUAUUAAAAAAAAAAAGAACAGAGCUUUGUAUAUUUGAAAUGUUAUAACGCAAUUGCACUCAGCGUGGUAUGGUAAAAGUUUGUCCUCUUGUAGAUUCUUACUGUGUUGUAGAUACGGUAGGGUUCCUAGACAAAUAUUUAUGUACUCAAGCCCUUUAUUUAACUUAUUAACUGUAGAGGCUUCCGAAACCUUCAAGGUAAAGGCAAUCGUACAGUACUUUUGUGUAAUGUGUAACUGUUAUCACUUUUCCUUGCUAUCUAGUGGAGAAGUGUCACGCUCAAAAUAAUAAAAAAUAUAUAUAUAUGUUUAACAAAA